AUUGUAAAUUAUUCACUUGAUCGAAACCUGUCAGAACAAAAAUUAUCUUUUAUUAUUUAAAAUUAAGAAUAUCUACCUAAACAAAUACAAAAUGGACUCUAGUAAAUACAACGAAAUAAGUUUCAAUGAUUUUAAGUGGACAAAUGAGCCUAAAAAUUGGAAAAUUGUCAAUCAAAGUCUUGAAGUGACGACUGACGACAAAUCUGAUUACUGGCAAGGACCUCUAGGUAACCGGGACCAUACUACAGGACAUCUGUAUGGAAUUGAACUCAAAGACGACUUUCAUUUUGAGGUUUGUGUAGAAGCAGACUUCUCCCACCUCUACGGCCAAGCAGGUCUAAUGAUAUACUUCGAUGACAAACAUUGGCUGAAGGCUGGCAUCGAGUACAUGCAUGACGGGCAGCCGAUGAUUGGCAGCGUCCUAACUAAUGAGCGUUCGGAUUGGGGCACAGGCGUAUUCACUGGCAAUCCGCGCAAGUUCUACCUGCGAAUGUCAAGGAAGGGCGACGUAGCGUGUGUGAAGUACUCGACGGACAACGAGCUGUGGACGCUGCUCCGACUGUGCCCGCUGCCGCUCUGUACGCGCGGCCCCUGUGUCGUGGGACCCAUGUGCUGCACCCCUAAAAGAGAAGGGCUGCAAGUAACUUUCAGUAACAUCUCCAUUACUGUCCCCGGCGACGAUAUAUUGCAUUCGAAUUGACUUGAUUAAUUUAAGAAAUAUAUUUUAAUGAUUACUUAGGUGCUAUAUUCGAUAAUUAAUUACUUAAAUAAAUAUAGGUAAGGCGUAAAUCUUUCGUUAUUAACUGUGUAUUUUUUAUUAAACUAGUUUCUCUCAUUCCCAUAAGAU